GAAUGUGUCUUUUGUUUUGUAGGCUAAAGAAAUUUUGACAAAAGAAUCUAAUGUACAAGAAGUGCGAUGUCCAGUCACAGUCUGUGGAGAUGUCCACGGACAAUUUCACGACCUCAUGGAACUUUUCAGAAUUGGAGGCAAAUCACCAGACACAAACUAUUUGUUUAUGGGGGACUAUGUUGACAGAGGCUAUUAUUCAGUGGAAACAGUCACAUUGCUUGUAGCUCUUAAGGUCCGUUACCGCGAACGUAUCACAAUUCUCCGAGGGAACCACGAAAGCAGGCAAAUCACACAAGUCUAUGGGUUCUAUGAUGAAUGUUUAAGAAAAUACGGAAAUGCAAAUGUUUGGAAAUACUUCACAGACCUUUUUGAUUACCUGCCUCUAACUGCCUUGGUGGAUGGCCAGAUUUUCUGUCUACAUGGUGGCCUCUCUCCAUCGAUAGAUACACUGGAUCACAUCAGAGCACUUGAUCGCUUGCAGGAAGUUCCCCACGAGGGUCCAAUGUGUGACUUGCUAUGGUCAGAUCCAGAUGAUCGUGGUGGCUGGGGAAUUUCUCCUCGAGGUGCAGGUUAUACAUUUGGACAGGAUAUUUCAGAAACCUUUAACCAUGCCAAUGGCCUUACGUUGGUUUCAAGAGCUCAUCAGUUGGUAAUGGAGGGGUAUAACUGGUGCCAUGAUCGGAAUGUAGUAACAAUUUUCAGUGCUCCAAACUAUUGUUACCGUUGUGGCAACCAGGCUGCAAUUAUGGAACUUGAUGAUACUCUAAAAUACUCCUUUUUGCAGUUCGACCCGGCGCCGCGCAGAGGGGAACCGCAUGUGACCCGCCGCACCCCAGACUACUUCCUUAAUACUGGAGUGCAGUUCCUGCUGUUGGAGAAGCUGUGACCUCAGGAGGGGGCUGAAGGAUAAAUGUUCAUUCAGGAAAAAUGGUCUGUAAGAAGAGGCAAGUGCAAUCACAGCUUUGAAUUUCAGA